AUGAUGGUCGCUACCUCACUCACCUCCCUCCUACUCGCGUCAUGCGUGCAGGCCAAUGUCAUCCCCCGAACAAUAAACUCAUCUAUCGGCUCUGCACCAUCCGAGAGUACCACAGCCCUCUCCUUCGCCUUCGCUAACGGGGAUGCUGCCUCGAGCACCGCACCCUCCGAGACAACUGCCGCUCUCUCCUUCGCACUACCUAGUGAAGACGCCACUUCCUCGAGCCUCUCCUUCGCUUUACCCAGCAGCAGCAGUAGUGAAGAUGCCAGCGUCGGCAUCGACAUGGGAUUCACCCGGUCCACCACCUCGGAGCCUCAGACAAUCGGCAUCGACCUCGGCCCUUCGACCACAGCGAGCUCAAGAAUAGUAGGAACUCCGGCCGGGACCCCAGCCGCUGGCACCCCGGCCGCUGGCACCAACAACACCGCUUCGGUCAGCGACCAGGGAUUCGACUUCGGGUUCGGUCCCGGUCAAAACGGCCCAACCCUCGUCCUCACCGAGAUCGGCGGAUCCUUCGUCCUAGCUACCGUCGGAGCAGCAAGUUCGACGACCAACAAGCCACCCGCAACCACCGUCCCGACAGACUCGACAAAGACCGGCACUGGCACCCUCCCCGCGGCCACCACCACAGCCGCCGCACCUGGAUCCGCCCCCGCCGCCACUACAGCCGACGCAGCAACAUCGCCGCCGCCGCCCCCCUUCGAAGUCGGCGGCAUCACCGUCUCCCAGAACUCGGACACGCAGCUUGUCGUCGUCGGCGGCAGCGGCAGCCAAACGCUGGCAGCCGGCUCCACCGUCGUCCUCGGCUCCGGCUCGUCCACGACGGCCGUCGCCCUCGCCACGUCGGGCGGCACGACGCGUGUCAUCGUCGUCGACGGCUCUUCAACCGCAACCGCCACUGCCACCCCCGCCGCCGCCUCCGCCCCCGCCGCUACCACCGCCACCGACGCCGCUGCCACCAUCGCCCUCGGCACCACCCAAGCCCUCCUCCACCCAGGCUCCACCCUGACCCUCGGCUCGGGCACCGCCACCACGGCCGUCGUGCUGCAAACAACGGGGAGCAACAACAACAACAACAACAACAUCGUCGUCGUCGCCGACAGCCACACGACCUACACCGUCACCGCGCCCGCAGCAGCACCGACGCCAAAGACCACCACCACCACCACGGACGACGACGACGACGACACCACGGAAGACGCCGUCCGCCUCAUCACCACCGGCCCCACGACCGAGCUCGUCGUCGCCGGCACGCAGACGUACACGUUCCGCACGGGCGGGCCGAGCGUCGCGCUGACGACCGACGGGGCGACGACCGUCAUCGUCGCGGGAUCAGGGAGCGGUGGGACGAGGAUCCCAAUCCCGACUGGGUUGGGGAGGAGUGGUGGGUCUGCUGCGUCGUCUUUUGCUGGUGCGUCUUCUGCUGGUGCGUCUUCUGGGGUCAGCGGCGACGGGUCGUCGUCGGCGGCGGCGGCUUCGUCGAUGAGGACGGUGACGACGGCGGCGACGAGCGGGGGGACGACGACGACGCGAACGUCGGAUCAGCCGUCGAGUGGGCUGGGCGGAGACGUGGGGUGGGCGACGGGGAGCGGCGCGGGCGCGAGCGCGAGCGCGAGUGCUGCGGGCGGCGCGAUGGCGAGCGCGAGUGGGAGUAGCGCGGCCGGUGCGGCGGGGAGGAUGGUGGGAGGGGCGGGUGGGACGGCUCGACUGGUGGUCGGGACGGGGCUCGUUGGGGUGGUGUUGAGUGCCGUGUUGGCGGUGGGUUUGUGA